AUGUAUGUAUAUAUACAUAUGAGCACAAAUGAGAUUAAUAAUUUAUUAAAAAAAAAAAAAAUGCAUAGACCAAUUUGUAAUAAAGUUCAAUUGAAUAAUAAUGAUGAGAGUAAUAAGGUAAAUGAUAUAUGUAUUUAUAAUAGGGACUUUCCUCCUAAUAUAAAUAAAAAUAAUAUGAUGAUAAAUAAUAAUAAUAAUAAUAUAAAAAAAAAGAAUAAUAAUUUUUUAUGUGCACAAAAUAAGAAAGGAGAUAAGAAUAUUAUAUGGAUACGUAAUAAAGAAAGAAAAUCCAUUAUAAAAAAAAAAAAAAUAAGUAAUGAUACCACAAAAUAUAUAAAUAAUAAUAUUAAAAAAAAAUCCAUAAGUUGUACUGAGAAAGCAAGUUGUGUAAUUAAACAUAAUUCUUUUAUUAAUAAAACAAAAAAAUUUGGAAGACUAAUUAAGGAAUACGACCCAUUAAAAAGUUCAAAAAAUAUAACAAAUAUUCCUCAUAUGAGAAAAACAAAAAAUUUGAAUGAUCCAUUUUUCUUAAAUAAUUAUUAUUAUAAUAAAGAAGAAAACAAUCCCAUCAUUAUUUGUAGUGAUGAGAAAGAAAGAAAAACUAAGAUAUAUAGUACCAAUCAUCACACCAAUAAUAUAUUAAAUUAUAAUGAUCAUACAUUAAAAUUAAUUUGUAAUAUCACUGAGAACAAUAAAGCUAUUUUACAUUCAAAUAAAAAUAAUAUACAGAAAAAUAAUAUUUUAAUGCCAUCAUAUAUGCAAAAAAAAGGUACGCAUAUUAGAGAGACUGUUAAAAAUGUGUAUCCGAAUAUAAAUGGUGAGCCUAGUACCAGUGGGGAGAAUAUAACCAAUGGCGAGAAUAUUAUAAAUGGACAGUAUGAUGCAUUGAGAAAUAUGUCUUUAAACAAUUAUGAUCAUCAACAUAAUAAUAUUAUGAACAAUAUAUCUAAUAAAUCUAAUAAAAACAAAUUAUUCGUACUGAACAAUAAUAAUAAUAAUAAUAAUCAGGAUGUGAUUGAAAAUAUGAAUGAAUAUCCGAUCACUUCAAAAAAUAUAUAUGACAGUAUAUAUAUACCCCAAAUAAAUAUAAAAAAUAUUAUAAACUCAGAAGAAAUUAAUAAUAAUAAUAAUAAUAAUAAUAAUAUUAAUUAUAAUAAUAAUCAUAAUUAUACCAAUAUUCAUAAUAAUAAUAAUUUGAAUAGCAAUCCAACGAGUAGUGUUACUUCCAAGAAGAACGAAAAUAACAAUUUGAUUAAUACAUUAAAUGCUUACUCAAAUGUCAAAGUUGCUGUUCGUAUAAAACCUAUAGGAGAAUCAGAAGAAAAUAUUGUAUCGAUUUUUAAUAAGAAUUAUGUUUUAAUAGAAAAAGAAAAUGAGAAAGAAUGUUAUUUACUCUCCCAAAAAAAGAAACAAUCAACAUAUGUUUUUGACUCCGUUUUUGAUGUUAAUGCCACACAAGAAGAAGUGUUUUUUCAAACAGCUAAACCAUUAAUACCUCAUGUUUUUAAAGGCAUAAAUUGUACUGUUUUUGCAUAUGGGGCUACAGGAUCAGGAAAAACAUAUACCAUGCUUGAUGAUAAGAAUCAAAAUGGUAUUGUACAAUUAUCUUUAUUAGAAUUAUUUACUAUAAUAAAUGAAAAGAAAUGUAGAAAUAUAAAAAUACUGAUGAGUUUUUUGGAAGUAUAUAAUGAAACUAUUCGAGAUUUAUUAGGAAAGGAAAAAAACAAAACAUUAGAAGUUCAAGAAGAUGUUGCUGAAGUUAAAGUUAGUAAUUUGUGUGAAAUUGAAGUUAAUAAUUAUGAACAAGCUAUGUUAUUAAUAAAUGAAGGUGUGAAAAAUAGAAAGAUGUCACCUACGAGAGCAAAUAAAGUAUCUAGUAGAUCUCAUGCUAUUUUACAAAUUUAUGUUUAUAAUGAAAUUUUAGAUGAUAAUAUGAAUACUAUAAGUUAUAAAGCGAAAUUAUGUUUUGUAGAUUUAGCAGGUUCCGAAAGAGCUAGUGCAACUUCAAAUAAAGGGGAGCGAUUUAAAGAAGGAUCUUAUAUUAAUCAGUCUUUAUUAGCCUUAGCUAAUUGUAUAAAUUCUUUAGCAUCUAAUAGGAAUAUAUCGAAAGUAAGAGUUAAAUAUAGAGAUAGUAAAUUAACCCAUUUAUUAAAAAAUUCUCUUGAAGGCAAUUGUCUAGUUGUAAUGAUCGCAAAUAUAAACCCUUCUAGAACAUCCUUUCAAGAAUCUAAUAAUACUCUUAAAUACGCUUUCCGUGCUAGAAAUAUUAAAUUAUGUGCUACAGUACAAACAAAUGAUAAUAAAGAAAGUGAUAUAGAAAAAAUUUUAAAAAAAAAUGAAAAUUUACAAAAAGAAUAUGAUAACUUAUUAGGAAAAUAUACUAAUUUGAAAGAGUUCUUUUUCAUAAUUAAUGUUAUAAAUCAAUUAUAUAAAAAACAAAUUUCAUGUUAUAAGCUAAUAGAGAACAUUUCUGAUGAUAUGUCUUCUAUGGAAUUAAAACAAGAUAUUACUAUGUAUGAUCAACUUGUCAAAAUGAAGUCGGAUGAAUAUAGAAAGAAAGUGGAUUCCUUGAAAGAUUUGUACCAAGAGGAAAAACAGUUUCUUAAUAAUUUAUUUGAUACCUUUCUUGAAAAAAACCUAAAUUAUGUCAUUAAUAGUAAGAAUGUAAAUGACAACAAUAAAUCCUUGCUGGAGGAAAUGAUUUUUUUUAAGCACAAUGAGAAUAAGGUGAAUGAAAAUUUUUUAGUUAAUGAAAAUGUUGUGGAUAAAAAUAAUGUGCUUAACGGAAAUGUUAUGGUUGAUGAAAAUGUUAUGGUUGAUGAAAAUGUUAUGGUUGAUGAAAAUGUCAUGGUUAACGAAAAUGUCAUGGUUAACGAAAAUGUCAUGGUUAACGAAAAUGUCAUGGUUAACGAAAAUGUCAUGGUUAACGAAAAUGUCAUGGUUAACGAAAAUGUCAUGGUUAACGAAAAUGUCAUGGUUAACAAAAAUGCCAUGGUUAACGAAAAUAUUGUGGUCAGUGAAAAGCAUAAGGUCGGAUUAUCUGCCGAAGGUAAAAGUGAAUCUCAUAAUAAAAAUAAUAAGGGUGAUAUAGAAGAUAAUGAUAAGGAUACUAUUAAAGAUAACCAUAAUAAUAACAAUAGCAGUGAUAAUAAUGAUGAUGAAUAUCAAAGUGCAAAUUCACCAGUUGAAUCUGAUAUUGUAAAAAAAGAAAAGAAAAAAAAAAUUCCAAUAAAUAUGGAAACAAAAAAAAAAAGAACUACUAAUGACACAAAAGCUCCAAUACAUAAACCCCCCUAUGAUAUUAACAUUGUAGGAAUAUUAAACAAAGAAGAUGUAUCAAAUAAAAUUAAUGAUUAUAAUACAAAUAAAAACAUAGAAAAAAAUAAUUAUGAAAAAAAAGAUGAAUAUAAUCCAUUCCAUAAUAAUCUAACAGAUAUGCAAAAUUCUAUAUUAUAUAAUAUUAUUAAUAACAAUGUAGAAAACUCACCACAUUCUCCCAGAAUGAAAAAAAAUGUUGCAAAGAUGUUAUUAAAGGGGAAUUUAAAUACAGCCAAUUUUAUCUUGGAUGGAGAUACAAUUAAAAAUAUGAACAGCAAUAAAAUUUCGGAUAAACAUAAUAUGAAAAGUAAUAACAUUCUCAAUAAUGAAAAUGGAAAGAUAAAUGACAAGUCGAAGAAAUGCAAAAAUACAAACAAUAAUGAUAAUAAUAAUAACAAUGAUAACAACAGCAACGAUAACAAUAAUAAUAACAAUAAUAAUAAUAAUAAUAAUAAUAGUAGUAGUAGUAGUGCUAAGGUAGACGGCAUAAAUAUUUUUAACACUUCAAAGACGAAUGAACAUUUACAUACAUUUAGUGGUGUAUAUAAAUUAAAUGUAAAUGAUGAAAUUAAAAUAGAGAUCCAUAAAAAAGAUAUGGAAAAAAAGGAUAUUCAUUUGACUAGUAUAGAUACCAUAAGUAAAAUUCAUGCUACAGACUUAUUAAAAGAAAAUAAAAGGAAAUUAGAAAAUUUUCAAGAAAAUAUAAAACAUGAACAUAAGGAUGAAGUUUCUUUAUAUGUAAAGAAAAAAAAAAUUAAAAAGAAAAUGUAA